AUGGGUUGUGUAGUGGAGCAAGAAAGUGCAGAAGUCUUUGAAGUUGUGGAGACACUUCCUGGUUUGGCUUGGACUGGAGCCGAUGUGGACUGGGGGGAAACUGCUGUUAUUUGGGAUGUGGUAGACUUCGUAGUAGUCAAGACACUUGCUGAUGUAGCAGUAGCAGUGCCUUGGGCAGGAGCAGAUUUGGAGGGGAGAUCAAUGAGGACACUGAGGGUGUUGCUGGAGCGCUCAUUUGCCCUCCUUGCCCUGCUGCAGUGUAUGGCGCAGACCUGGUUCACCGCCACGCUCCUGCAGAUGUUCCUGUUCACGCCGCCCCUCAUGUGGCUGGUGAGCAGGUGGACACAGCGCGCGCUGUGGCCGGGCUGCCUGCUGCUGGGGCUGCUGCUGGCCGCCUGCGCCGUCGCGCUCUACGCCACCACCGUGCAACUGGGGCUGGCGCCCACCUUGCUCGUGUUCCCGCGGAUGCUGCCGCGACAGGCCUUCCUGUGGGACCCCACGUUCGUCUACCAGUACGUGCGCGCCCACACUAACGCCGUGCCCUACGUGGUGGGCCUGCUCACGGGCACCCUGUUCCACCUGGCCGACCGAAACAAGUGGCAACCCUCCAAGCGGACGGCUACCUGGCUGUGGCUGGGGAUCCCCCUGGGCCUGCUGCUCCUUGGCGCCGCCUUCAUCUCCGCGUUCCCCUUCGUGCGGCCCUCGUACGAGGCGCGGCCACUGCUGGACGCGGCUUACGGCCCUGCGCGGCUGCUGGGGUUCUCCCUGCCCGCCGCCUGGAUCAUCUUCACCUGCGGCUUGGGCUAUGGAGGCAUGUUCGACAGCAUCCUGUCGUGGUCGCCUUUGGUGGCGCUGGGCCGCCUCACCUUCUCCGUGUUUUUGGUGCACCUCGCCAUCAUCAUCGUGUCUAUGGGCUCCAUGCGCCAGCCAGUCCACCUCAGCGACUUCAGCGUGGCUAGUGAAACCGUGGCCGACAUUGCCAUGUCCUACGCGGCCGGCCUGCUGCUGUACCUUUGCGUCGAGGCCCCUAUGUUGAACCUGCAGACCAUCUUCUUCUCCAAGUUGAGCAGUAAGCGGGUGUCUGCCGAGAGGGUCCUACGAGACGAGCCGACGAGCGGGAAGGCCCAAGGAGCAGCCGAGGACGGCAACAAGGAGCACGGGGACGCGGCCUACAGGACCUGGACAAGCACCACCGACGCGUGACACAACUUUAGUAAAAAAUUGGCUCGUCCAUGUUCUCUCCUGCCUUGCUCCCUGUCAAAUAAAAAGUUUGAUUUGUU